UCUCUUGACCUCCCUUUAUUCUGACAUAUUUUACUGCUAAUCUUGACAUGGAUCACUGUAGAAUUGUGAGAUUGGCAAUAAAAUUGCAAAGCUCUUAUUCAAAAGCAGUAAUUACUGCUCUUUCAUGCAUGUCUAAAAUUAUAUAACCUCACAAGCCAAAUGUGUCUGAAGACCUCUUUUAGUUACUUCAUGUAUGUAAAUGAUUUCAUUUAAUUGUACAUAACACAUUCAUCUUUCCUCAGGUUGCAAUCAAGUUUGUCUCCAAGACAAUGCCCUAUGAAAAACUGCAGCUUACAGGAUAUGGAUGGCUCCCCACUGAGAUAGCGCUGAUGGUCCUUGCAAACACCAAACCUUGCUCAAGAAUCCUCAAGAUUCUGGACUGGUUCGAAGAGCCAAAACACUAUGUUGUCAUUCUGGAACGGCCUGAACCAUGUCUGGACCUCCAUGAAUUCUCCAGCAAGCAAGGUGGAUGUUUGACUGAGGUCGUGGCUCGCCAUGUGAUGUUUCAGCUGAUGGAGGCGCUGACACAUUGUAAGAGCCAGGGGAUACUGCACCGUGAUGUCAAGCCAGAAAACAUCCUUAUUCAGACAGGCACAUGGCAGGUCAAGCUGUUUGACUUCGGUUGCGGAGACCUCGUCAAAGACUAUUACAAUGACUUCGCAGGUGUCUGAUUUGAGACCAUGAGUUCUUGGUGGCAGCAAGUACUGUGACUCUUUUUCUAAAUCUAAAGUAUCUUUGUUAACAGGCACAUCUGAAUAUGCCCCUCCUGAGUGGUUCAUCCAGGGGCAGUAUCGGGCAGACCCAGCUACCGUCUGGUCUGUGGGAGUGACACUGUACAGGCUGGUGUGUGGCUGUCUGCCUUUCAGGACCACUGAGGAAACAAAAAUUGGCUAUUUGUUCUUCCCUGAAAGUCUGUCUCAAGGCAAGAAAGUAGAAAGACUGAUAAGCUAUGGACUAAUUAAUAGCAGACUGAACUAUACCUUAUACACAGACUUGAGCAGAGAAAGAAGUGUUCAU